AUGUGUGUGUGUAUAAUGUACCAGUGUAAUGUACCAGCUCUGUGUUGUAGUCCUGUUUCAGUGUUGUGUUGUUCCUCUCCAGACCCCCAGGAUGACAAUAAGAUCGGUAUCGAUGGGAUCCAGCAGUUCUGUGAUGACCUCACCCUGGACCCGGCCAGUAGGAGUGUUCUGGUGGUGGCCUGGAAGUUCCGUGCCGCCACACAGUGUGAGUUCAGCAGGAAGGAGUUCCUCGACGGCAUGGCCGAGCUGGGCUGUGACAGUCCAGAGAAGCUGAAGUCUCUGCUCCCCAGACUAGAACAGGAAGUCAAAGACACGGCCAAGUUUAAAGACUUCUAUCAGUUCACCUUCAACUUCGCCAAGAACCCUGGACAGAAGGGACUAGACCUGGAGAUGGCUGUAGCCUACUGGAACCUGGUUCUAACAGGUCGAUUCAAGUUCCUGGACCUCUGGAACAGGUUUCUAUUGGAGCAUCAUAAGCGGUCGAUCCCCAAAGACACGUGGAACCUGCUACUGGACUUUGGCAACAUGAUCGCAGACGACAUGUCCAACUACGACGAGGAAGGUGCUUGGCCUGUCCUCAUAGACGACUUUGUGGAAUUUGCCCGGCCAAUCGUGACAGGGGGCAAGCGUAAAACCAUAUAGGUCAUACCCAGUUCCCAGCAGGGGCUGAGGAUUUUAUACACACCAGCCAAAAAGAGACUUCUACAAGACUGUCCAAGUUUGUGAGACUGAGCUGCCAAUCAGGGGCCGGGGAGCGACAUGACAGCCAAUCGGAGAGAAGGAAAACAGGAAGAGGAAGUUAUCUUUUUCUUUGUUUUGGGACUGAGUCACUCCGGGAGGCGGGCUGUCAGCAGGAGGUGGGAUCGUCGCGGAGCUAUGAGCUCUGCUCCCAUUGGCUGGCUGGAUCAGACUGAUCGGCCAACGACUACAGUACCCAUACACCAGCCACCAUCAGAUCAGUGGGGGUGUCUAUAGAUUCUAGAACUGUUGCUCUGGUCCCACCCCCCCGCCCCCUCCUUACUAAAGAAGGACCAGGGAGAGCAAACAGAACGGCAGAGAGGGACGGUUUGCUCUCUGCAGGAGGGUGUGAUAUUUGAUCCAGUGGAGGCUGUUGAGGGGAGGACGGUUCAUAAUAAUGGCUGGAACGGAGCGAAUGGAACGGCAUCAAACACCUGGAAACCACGCGUUUGAUGUAUUUGAUACCAUUCCACUGAUUCAGCACCAGUCAUAACCAUGAACCUGUCCUCCCCAAUUAGGGUGUCACCAACCUCCUGUGGUCUGCUCCCACAGUAGUAAGACGUGUCCUCUCUGCCGGCCCAUGGUGAAUGAACUAGGAGCUUGGAGGUUCUGCAUGUGUUUCUGGUUGAGCGUCAAGCGGCUGGACGGAACGACAACAACUUUUUUAUUAUUAUCAUUGACUUUCUUCUCAUCGAAUCAGAGGUGAGGGGUGUGGUCGUCAUCCAAUGUUCUCAUCCAAUCCAACGUCAGUGUAAUGUUCUGCUUCCAUUUCAAUCUAACGUGUAAAAGUUUAGUCAGUUUUGUUGUUAAUAUGUGAGGUUCAGAGUCUAUAUAAACAAAGCGUCUGAGAGUGGGAGUGCUGAUCUGGGAUCAGUUUAGCCUUUUAGAUCAUAAUGAAUACUAGAAAGGACCAGAUCCUAAGUGCUGAUCUGGGAUCAGGUUAGCCUUUUAGAUCAUAAUGAAUACUAGAGAGAGGACCAGAUCCUAGUGCUGAUCUGGGAUCAGUUUAGCCUUUUAGAUCAUAAUGAGUGAGAUCACAUGAACAGAGAGGACCUGAUCCUAGAUCAGCACAACAACUCUGAGACGCUUUAGGAAUACAGGCCCAGUUCAGAUCCACUGGUAUUCAGAUAGAACCGGACCGACCGACAGAGCAGCAUGCUUCAAAGCUCAACACCAGCAGAAAUACUAUGGCUACAGUUGGAACAGACUGUAACCAUAGGAUUCAUGUAUAGAUAUACCAUUUUAGAAUAAUGAAUAUGAUACAAUAUAAAGAGAACACGAUGACAUUUAUAAUCAUGAGAGAGGGGAAGACGUAUUUGAAAUGCGUACGAGGUCCUCAGAUUUCUAGGCCGCGUCCCAAACUGUACCCUAUUCCCUAUAUAGUACUGGUCAAAAGUAGUGCACUAUAUAGGGAACAGGUUUGCCCAUUUGGGAUGUGCCAUGUCUCCAAGCUUUCUGUUUGUUUGGGUGUAACUGUUGACAUCACCAGAGACCUUGACUGUCGGUCUGUCAUUUAUUUUAUUUUCACAAGCAACGCACAGGAAGUUGAAUCUAUGAAUCGUAUUCAGUCAACAACACUGUAUAUAGUUCAUAGUUGAAUCUGUGAAUCGUAUUCAGUCUACAACACUGUAUAUAGUUCAUAGUUGAAUCUGUGAAUCGUAUUCAGUCUACAACAAGGUAUAUAGUUGAAUCUAUGAAUCAUAUUCAGUCUACAACACUGUAUAUAGUUCAUAGUUGAAUCUAUGAAUCAUAUUCAGUCAACAACACUGUAUAUAGUUCAUAGUUGAAUCUAUGAAUCAUAUUCAGUCUACAACACUGUAUAUAGUUGAAUCUAUGAAUCGUAUUCAGUCUACAGCAGCAGUUUAAAUCUAAUGUUAUUGGUCACAUACAGGUGUUUAGCAGAUGUUAUUGCAGGUGCAGUGAAAUGCUUGUCAACACACCCCACUUCUUUGUUUUUAAACUGUUUCAGUUGUUAGUGUUGUUUUGGUUGGUCGUCAUGGGUUACUGCUAGCCAGCCCAGUGAAGUGAAUGUUAUAGUACUUCAUCAGACCAGACUGAGACUUGUCUACUAGCUACUACACACACAUACACAUACACACACACACUGUGUGGUUAUAGUACAUCAUCAGACCAGACUGAGACACACACACACACACACACACUCUGUGUGGUUAUAGUACAUCACCAGACUGAGACACGUCUACUAGCUACUACACACACAUACACAUACACACACACUCUGUGUGGUUAUAGUACAUCAUCAGACCAGACUGAGACUCGUCUACUAGCUACUACACACACAUACACAUACACACACACACACACACACACACUCUGUGUGGUUAUAGUACAUCAUCAGACCAGACUGAGACACGUCUACUAGCUACUACACACACACACCUCAGUAACAGACAUGUAUCCUCUAACGCAGCAGGUAAUAGAAGUUCUCCUUCAUUCUCUGGAAAUGUUCCUGAGAUUUUGGGCUGCACCUCGUCUGUCUCCCAAACGGCACCUUAACGUUGUGCACUAUGGAGGGAAUAGGGUGCUGUCUGGGAGGUGUGUCUAAGUUACACUUGUUAUGUCACAUGUUCUUAGACAAUUGCACUCCCAUCUGGGGGAGGUAAUAAAAACCCUCUGUUCAGUGUUGACGUGUACCGACAGGAGAAGACUGAGACUAUGGAAGAGAAGACUGAGACUAUGGAAGAGAAGACUGAGACUAUGGAAGAGAAGACUGAGACUAUGGAAGAGAAGACUGAGACUAUGGAAGAGAAGACUGAGACUAUGGAAGAGAAGACUGAGACUAUGGAAGAGAAGAGAGAUGUCCUUGUUUCUCCUCUGAACGUCCUACACAACGUGGUACACUACGCUACGCACUGAGUGUCCAAUGUGUUGACUCUCUGUGCCUCAGUCAUAUUCAGCUCAUCACGUCAGUAUUAUUUAAAUUAAACAUUUGUCAUCUUUCUGUAUGGAGACAUUAUACAUGACUUUGUUUUGGCAAAGGUCCCGUCAAUAAAGCAUGUUGUUUUUAACGAAAAUGAAA